AUGGCUAAGGAACAGAGUAAAGAAUCAAAGUCUGAAGACAACUACGAUGCAAGAAUGCCAGCAGUUCUACCGUUCGCUAAACCACUAGCGUCCAAGAAGCUAAAUAAGAAAUUGUUAAAGACUGUCAAGAAGGCUUCAAAGGCCAAGAAUGUAAAAAGAGGUGUUAAAGAAGUCGUUAAGGCAUUGAGAAAGGGUGAAAAAGGUUUGGUUGUCAUAGCCGGUGACAUCUCACCGGCUGAUGUUAUCUCCCAUUUGCCUGUUCUUUGUGAGGAUAGCUCAGUCCCAUACAUUUUUGUCCCAUCUAAACAGGAUCUAGGAUCCGCUGGUGCUACUAAAAGACCAACUUCUGUUGUAUUUAUUGUGCCAGGUAGCAACAAGAAGAAGGAAGGCAAGGCCAAGGAAGAAGAGUAUAAGGAGUCAUUCAACGAAGUUGUUAAGGAAGUCGAAGCUUUAUAA